GGCCGUGCCGGGAUUGCAUUCGCUGGCGACUGGUGACGUGAAGCAAAAGUCGAUCCGUGAGAUCGAGACGCAUCAAAUCAAAUUUCGGGGAAACCUGAAACCAGCAAGAAAUCAUUUGUGGCAACCGAAAAUCGCAUCGUCUCACAAACUGAAAAUCGCAUCGUCUCACAAAUUUUCUCAAGCCGAGCAAUAUAUAAUCAUCAUCAUCAUCAUUACAAAGACGAAUACCAAUGGAACAGGCACUUGAUCAUCAAGAAGAGGCUGGAUGGUUCCUUGACGCCGAAGAUACGCGGUACUACGUUGAUUCGAAUGGCGUCGAGUUUUACCCGGACGACUUCUUGGCAUGGGACGGGGUAGUCGACGUCCCCCAUGUGACGGAUGAGGAUGGGAUUCUCUACUUUGCAACCGAGAAGGUUGAAAGAUCUGUUUUGGAACAGCUUUCGAAUGUUGAUAGAUUCAGUGACCCUGCCUUAUCGGUGAUACUAACCCAAGAGUUUGCAUCGAGCGGCGGCUCGACGGAGAAAUCAGAGUCUACACCUACAUGUAGUACUAGCCCAUCUUCGCAGCGCUCUGGAUCACAAGAGGCGGCCAAGUCUGAGAAGAAACGCAAACAGCGGUCCAAGAGGGAAGCAAAAGGGAAGGCAAGAACAGAUACCACUGGUGGGAGGAGCAAAACAAGGAGCAGGUCUCCACGGCCACAACAGGGCGAGACCAAGCAAAAGAGGGUGCGGUCUCGCAAGCUUGGUACUAAGGAAAUGCCUGGUGUUGGCAGUAGUUCCGGUACGAGCAGUAUUCCUGUUCGAGUGAAAGUUUCUUCUCGCAAGAACAUUGGUUCUCAAUUCAUGGAGGAGGAAGGCGAUGCUUCCUCUUCUUCCUGUGUAUCAGAACUGACCUGCUCGAUUGUGGGUACCGACUCAUCACAGUCUGCUCGCGGCCGUCGGUCGAAAUCAAGGCCUGACCAUUCCGCAAGAGCGCCACGUCGACGUCCUCAAAGUUCGCCCUCUCAACAAAAGAGAGCGGAUAAGGGAGAGCCGGAGCAAGACCAGCGAUCAAAACCAAUGAGAAGGCGUAGUAAUUCCGCCACGACGCUAAGGGAGGAUCGAAGAAUGGCCCGUCGCCGUCGUCAGGUCGAUCGUCUUUCACAGCAAGGCAUAGUGCAGCAGCUGCAGCCAGACCAAGCCGCAGUCACCUCCCCUCUGCAAGACCCUGAAGAAAUAACUGUUGACGAAGCGGUCGCUGCUCUACCGGCCCCAGAUGUAGAAGACCUACCUGUUAUAGAGCAGAAAAAAGUACGGAAGCCAGCCAUUCGAAGAUCCUUCUCCUUCUAUGAAGAACUUGCUUCGGCAGCUGUCACUGGUUUUACCAAGACAGCUUCAACAGCUGCUAACGUUGGUCUGGUCACGACUCAGGCUGCAGUUGGAUUUCCCAUCCUUGUAGCCGGAGCUGCCGUCGGAGCAACGGUCGGAGUAGGCAAGUUUGCAGUGGAUGCCACGAUGGAGGUAGCCAACACAGCAGUCCACGUGACAGCGUCAACUCUCCAGCGAAGCCGGAGUGCCAAUUGCCUACUUGGGCCCCUGCUGAACGGAAGAAACAAAACACCACCACCAAAGAAGAAAAAGAUUCUGUCCGCAAAAUCGAGUUUCAAUGAUGAUCUAGCCUCUUCUUCCUUGUCCGAGGCAGCAGGUGACGAUAUUGCGUGUGUUCCUCUGGAGAGAACCACCAGUGCACCUAUAUUUACCGACAUGCUACCUGUAGAGAAACGCUUCACCACAGCUCUUCUUGCCUAAACAGACUGAUUCAUAGGUAUAAUGUUACAUGCUUUCC